AUGCAGUCAGGGUCCCUGCCCCAAACGGACAGGCUGGUUUGUUACGUGACGGGGUUUUACCCCGCGGAGAUCGAGGUGAAGUGGUUCAAGAACGGGCAGGAGGAGACGGAGCGCGUGGUGGCCACGGACGUGAUCCAGAACGGAGACUGGACCUACCAGGUGCUGGUGAUGCUGGAAACCAGCCCGCAGCGCGGGGACACCUACACCUGCCAGGUGGAGCACGUCAGCCUGCAGCACCCGCUCACCCAGCACUGGG